AUGGCCUCCCUGGGCCCCAUGCCACGCUUCGGCCUCAUCGGUGGCAGCGGCGUGCAGGUCAAGGGCGAGGACUCUUGGACGGUGGAGACCCCUUGGGGCAAGUGCAUCCUGGCGGCCCUGGACUCCCAGCGGCGGGUCGUUUUUGCGAAUCGGCACUUUUGCACAAAGGUCAACGAACAGGGAAAAGCCGACUAUGCACCCCCCCACGAGGUGAACUUCAAGGCGUUGAUCUGGGCCCUGGUUGUGAAUUCCGAGUGCACUGGCGUUGUGGCGCUGUCCAGUACGGGUACCCUUCAUCCUGAGACGAUCCCUGUUGGUUCCGUAGUCGCGGCGAACGACUAUUACAUGGUCAACCCACAGCCGGUGACCUUUUGGGGCCACGAGAAGAUCGGAUCCUUCGAGAUCCCGGCAGGUGGCGUUGGACGAAUGCACUACUCACCGGCGAACCCGCAGGACGAAGCUAGACUUGCCUGGUCCUCCCGUGUGCAGACUGCCUUGCAUGGGGUGCUGGCAGCUGUGCGCGAGAAGGUGAAGUUUGCGCAAGGCCAGACAGCCUCUAGCUGGCCUCUGAUUCCGCAGAAGGAGACGGUCUACGUCAAUACCGUCGGCCCAAGGUUCGAGACUCGAGCAGAGAUCCGCUCUUACCGAGGCAUUGGGGACAUCGUUGGGAUGACUUGUGGCAAUGAGUGGAUCUUGUGUGAGGAGCUGCAAGUUCCGUACUUUGUGAUCUGCUUCUGCGACAACGCAUGUAAUGGGCUGAGCACACAUCCCCAAGGUGCACUGCAGGAGUACCUGGAGAGCAAAGCGGCGAUCGGCGAGGUCACAAGUGCCAUUGUUUACCAGCUCGUUGAGGAGCUGUCGAAGGGCGCUGCGUCCGGCUACGCUGACGCUGCUCCCAGCGCGUAG